AUGAGUUGGUACUGGUUACUGUCCAUGAUAAUUCUAUUCUGUUCAUCGGUGAUGGUGCUGUGCGUGACAAUCGAACGGUAUUUCAGCGGACCCACUCGCAUCGUUAAAACUGAUUACGUCAAAAAACAGACUGUUAUUCUGACUGACUCCCUUAGCUGCCUUUAUGCAAUUAAAGAUAAUCCUUUUCGUAGCAGAUUAAGAUCUUCUGUUAUUUUAAAGAUAAGAGAGGCUCUUUUCUCGUGUCAUCACAAGGGCAUUCAAAUCGCGCUAGUCUGGAUUCCAAGCCAUUCUGGCAUUCCUGGAAAUGAGACAGCAGAUUCGUGCGCUAAAGCUGCUGUACAGUCUGGUUGCAUCAAUCAUUUUGAAAUCUCCUCUCAAGACCUCCGUUCCCUAGCCAAAUCCUCGAUGGACAAAUCCUGGCACUCACAUUGGAAUUCAUCAAAAUCGGAGAAGGGUUGUGGUUUAACAACAAAAGCCUGACUAUUUUUUUUUUCUCUGUCUGCAAUAAUCAAUAUAACUUACAAUCUCAACCACA